AUGCGAUUACUCAUUUUUUCUGCCCUUUUUCACGUGGUUUUUGCGACACGUGACGAAUUUACGUGCCAAUUGAUGCCGGAAACGGGCGUUUGUUGGUUCAAAAGUCUCGCACGCGACGCUGCAACUCCGAAUUUCGUCGCGAAAAGCAACAUCCCGGCGGCGGAAGUGACAAAAACCAAUCUUGGAGGCGGGCAUGGAUCACAUUUGCAUGUCUUAACGAGCGAUAUUUGUCAAGCAUUUCCGAAUUUGCGGGAUUUUAACGCCCAGCUCCUGUAUUUGCACGAACUCGAAGCGGGGGUUUUCGAAAAUUGUCACGAUCUGGAGGUCAUUAACUUGGAAGUGAAUCGUUUGCAGCACCUGGAUGUCGAUUUGUUCAAAAAUAAUCAAAAAUUACGGAAAAUUCAUCUGGCGGAUAAUUUGUUGCAAAGUAUUGACUUGAAAAUUUUCAAUGGACUCACGGAAUUAGAAGAGCUGGAUUUAAAUAAAAAUCAAUUAAAAAGUUUUUCGGUAGCAGAAAUGCCAAAAUUAUCAAAACUGCAUUGGUUGACACUGCAUAAAAAUGAAUUAAAAGACCUGAAUUUGGAGCAAUUGUUUGAAAAAUGUCCAAAACUCGCAGAAACAGGAGCACAUUUGAGACUUUGUCCCGGAAAUCGCUUUGAAAAAGACGCCAAAUUCAAGUGCGAUGAAAUUAAUUAA